AUGGCGAAAGGCACUAUCACUACCAGCAACGUGACUUCCUGGGGUUCAUUGGCGCCGUGCCUAGAGACCCUCGAGUCGCACGUCGUUCUCGUCCAGGAGCAUCACCGACGGGACGAGGCGAAGCUCGCCGACCUGCAGCACGAGGUGCUGGAUCACGGGUUCGCGGGCAUCUGGGCGCCAGCAGUGGCAGGCCCCACCUCCGCGGAGGGCACUACGGGCGGCGUCGCGGUCUUGGCCCGCAAGAACAUCCCCGUCACGGCCCCGCCGCUGCUGCCCUCGGCGACACUGUGGCCAGGGCGACUGGUGGCCGCCCACGUGCACUGGGGAGUCCGUGGCGGCAUUGUCUUCGUGUCGGCCUACCUGGUCGACAGCGUUGGCAUGAACGACGUGAACCGAAGCAUCUUCGGCGCGCUCACUCGCUACCUCACGAAGCUCACGGCCUCGGGCAUCGAUUGGAUCGUCGGCGGCGACUUCAAUGGGCCUCCCAGCUGCCUGCCCCUGGCGCAGUUGGAAAAGGCGGGGGGCCUCUGGCUAGCGCCGUCGGCCGACACCUGCCGCCCACAGGCGGGCAGCGGCUCGGUGCUGGACUACUUUCUGGUCGGUGCAAACCUGGCCAGCCGCAUCUCGGCUCCGAGAGUGGAUGAGUUGGGCAUCACCUCCCCGCACCUCCCUGUCAACAUGGAGCUGCGUGCCGCCGACCUGGACAUGCGCGUGAGGAUCCCGAUCGCCCCCAGGGCGAUUCCAGCGGUGCCGCCCAUCGGCUGCAGCCGCGGUGUCGAGGACUGGGCGCCCACUUUGGCCCAGGUGCGCGCCACAACCAGCGCCGAGGAGCUGCCAGCAGCCUGGGACGCCGUCGUCAGCACCUUGGAGCAGGAGCUGUUGGACCGCUACGACCAGGUUGGCGAAGCGCGCAGGCGGUUCGAAGGACGUGCGGGGCCCAUUGCGACCAAGCUGGCGCCAGUCAAGUGGAAGCCGCAAGGGCAGCGUGUCCGAUUGGGGCCUGAUGUCAUCGCGGCCAAGGUCGCGGGCCGAUGGGCGCGUCACUUCAUGGGGGUCAGCGCGUUCCUCGCGAAGGCCAGCAGGAGGCUGCAAACCGCCAGCCUGCAGUGCUCCCUUGUCCCUGAGCAGUACCACGAGCUGGUGGACUUCGUCGCGAGGGCUUUGGAGUAUGGGCGCGUGGUUAUGGACAGCAAGAAGACGCUGGCACUGCUCCCGCAUUGGGUGAGGUCCUUCUUCGAGCAGGGCUUUCGCGUGAUCGGCAACACCGACUUCCUGGAGCAGGCGGGCCGCAUCGCCCAGUUCGCCAAGGACGCCCACGCGGACGCGCUCAAGGUCAGGCAGCAGAGCUGGAUCCAGUGGGCCAACGACAGCCUGCGGAACGGCGCUGGCAAGGCGCACCGCUUCACCAAGCUGCGGGCGAUGCAGGAGGUGCUGGCGCAAUGGCAGGGCACCCACACCGAGCUCACCACUGGACGGCUCGCCCAGACCUUCGUCCCGCAGCAGCAGGUCGCCAGCCAGCACCUGAUCUGCGACCGGGAGAUGAAGGCCUGGGAGGACGUCUGGUCGUGCCACAAGCUCGAGGCGCUGGAAAGGCCAGCUGACUUCGACGAAUGGGACGACCUCGAAGACCUCACCGUGGAGGCGCUGCAGCGGGCCGCCUGCAGCUUCCCCACCACCACGGCGCUCGGCCCAGCGCAGAUCGGUAUGCGCGCGCUCACCUUUCUCACGGACGACGGCGUUUACACCUGCGGCCAGCUCUUCAUGAAGUGCGAGGCGCUGGGGGCUUGGCCCAGCGAAAGGCUGUGGCACGCUAUGUGCCGCAUCCCCAAGGCCUCUGGCGGCUGCAGGCUGAUCACGCUGAUGCACUCGCUAAUCCGAUGGUGGUCGAGGGCUCGUGCCUCGACGUCCAAGGCGUGGCUGACGGCGCACCCCAAUGCCAGUAUUUGGGGCAUGGGCGGCGGCAGAUCUUCCUCCGACUCCGCCUUCGACCUCAACCUUGAGACGGAGGUAUCGGACUGCCUGGACGAGCACGUCGUAAUCGUCAUGCUGGACGCCUGGAAGUUCUUUGAGACGAUUAAGCCCGAGUGGCUACUCAUCGAGGCGCGGCUGCUGGGCAUGCCGCUGCGGUUGGUCUGGAUGUUGAUUGAGCUAUACAGGCAGCCGAGGCGGCUGCAAGCUUUCGGCUCGGUGUCCUACGCGGUCGUGUCACAUCAGGGCGUGCUCGCAGGAUGCACUCACGCCUGUGCCAUGGUCACCUUGCUCAUGUUCAGGCUGCUCGAGCAGGCGCGAGAUGCAGGCGUCACCCCGAGGGCCCUCAUCGACGACGUCACCUUGCAGUGGCGCGGGAGGCGGCUCUCGCAACUGGGCGUGCUUUGGGCGGCCACCACCAGGUUCCGCGAGGGCGCCCAGGAGCGAGGCAUUGUCGUGCAGCCCACCAAGUCGGGCUACUUGGUCUCAUCGGACGCGGCUGCUCGCGAGUGUGCCCGACACGCGGCGGCCCGCAAGCUGACCAAGAUGCGCUGGGCCCGCAACCUGGGGCACGAUCUGGGCGGGCGCAGAAUCGCUAGGCUCCAGACGGCAAAGCGGGUGCGGCAGCUCAAGGAGCGGCGCGGCAAGUUGGCAGCUUUCAAAGGGGCAGACGUCAGGAUGCAUCUGACCGGCGGCGUGCAACGCUGGCAGGCGAGGCAGAUCGCGGCGCACCACCGCCAGCACGGCGAGGUCAAGCCUUGGGUGCGGGCCAUGCGGCUCUGCGUGGGCGACGGGCGCGCGGCGUUGGCGGAGGGCCCGUCGGCCACCAGCCUGCGUCACCACUGGGCGACGGUGGCCUGGACGCAACAGGCCCAGCACGACCUUGGGCUGGCGGCGGCGCCGAAUUGCAGGGCCUGCGGACAUCCGUCCGACUCGCCUGGGCACAGAUUUUUCGGCUGCGAGGUACUCGUGCAGCCGCUCACAGAGGAGGAGCAGGACGAGCAGCUGCCGCCCGAGCCGAUGCAGGCCAUCCGCACCUUCAUGUGCGACAAAGGCCUGCAGGAGGGCGGCAGCUUCGAGAGCGCCGACUUCCAAAUGUGCUUGCCCUGCAUGCCGCCAUUCGUGCCGCCCGCCGCGGAGCAGGCCGAGGUGAAGUUCUGGGGCUGCUGGCCUAGCCAAGGGGCGGACACGCUCGAGUUCGUCUUCACCUUCACCGACCUUCUGUCGAUGGAGAAGGAAUGCAGCCACUGGGGGCAGGAGCUAGAGGAGGCGCGAGCGGCACAUGCCACAGUGUGGAGACGGAUUCGUGCCCAGCCAGCGCGGCCUGAAGUGAGAUGGAUCCCCGCGCAUCAGGACAUGGAUGCGUACUUGGACCGAGGCCUCCACCCGCUGCUGUACUCUGGCAACAUGUGGGCCGACUGGUUCGCUCGGCAAGGAGCCAUGCAGCACACCGUGUCGAAGGUGUACGAGGAGUUCUACAACAUCGAGCUGCAACACUACAAGAGCCUGGCAAAGUACGUCGGCUGGGCGAUGCAGAGGACGAUGCACGCAGGCCGCUGGGAUGCGCCCGAGCAGACAGCCCGCCCGCCAAAGGUGCCCAAGGUGCAGGCGGCGACUGUGAUCAGCCACUCCCUGGUUCGCCUGAACGGGACGGCGGUGGUGCUGUGCCGCGCUUGCUGCAGGCAGACCAGCGGGCAGACGGGGCCCACAUGGACGCAGUUCGCGCGUUCAGCUUGCGAGGCCAGCCAGUACACCGCGCUGCGGGCCGAGGCCAUCAUCGCGCACGUCGGCGCGCAGCCCAUUGUGGUCUCGGAGGCGGGCGAGUUCGCUAUGCAGGCGAUCGAGCGCGCGGCGUGCCCCGAAGAUGCGGGGCCCAGGCCAGCCGAGCCUGCCCCCUGGGGCUCAGGGGACGGCACCAUCGAGAUGCAGGGGCACAGGCUGAGGCGCGCAGGGCCCACCAUCUACUGCGAGGUAUGCGUGGCGUGGGCGGCGACAGGCUCCUCACUGGCCCUGGCUGCGCCCUGCGCUGGCCCGCCCAGCGCCGAGGGCAAGAACCAGCGCACCUACCUGUCCAACCUCAGGGCGCGGCUCAAGAAGCUCAGCCAAGGGCUGCACCCCAAGACAGGAAAGGUGCUCACUUGGGGAGGUGCAGGCGAGGCUCCAGACGGCCCCAGAACAUGGGCCACAGCGGCGGCCAGCGCGGCCGCGGGCGACAUGGCCUCUGGGGGCGACGGCGCUGCAGAGCGGCCAAGCGGCAGGCACGCGCAGAAGGAACAGGGCGAGGCGACCAGGCCUGGCCAGGACCACGAGACGCGCGAGGUGCCUGCAGGGGCUGGAGGUUCCGACGCAGUCCAGACCAAGAAGCCUGCUUGGCGGGUGCGACGGCAGGAGCUCCUGGAACGGAUGCAGCGAAGGCAGCAGCAUCUGCUAGCCGAACGUGGUCCAGCAGCCGCCAGCGGCGCGCAGCGUGAUGAGGGAGACAUGGCCGACGGCAGCUUGCCCUCGGCCUAUGGAGCGCACCAAUGCCCCGACGGGGGCACCACUGGACUGGUGACGCUCCAGCCGCCGCCAGCUGCCCCAGACGUGGGGGUGGUCGAUGCCUGUCUGGCGGCGGGGCCGUCGCGGCUGCCUGCGCCCUUGAGGUGUGACCUGGCACACGAGGUGACGCUGACCACGGACCACCAGGAGGGCGCCGUGACCAGCCCUCAGGACAUGAGCAGCCCGCCGCAGCCGUUCUCGACUACCGAUAUGGCCAGCACCAGGGGUGGCAGGGGACCUGCAAAGUGCGGUCGCGAAUGCGGCCCCGCCCUGAGUGCUGGCAGGUCUGACAACUCGCAGCGGGCGCUGCCAGGCAUGGCCAGUGACAAGGGUGGCAGGAGGCCUGCAAGCCGCGACCCUGAGUGCGGCCCCACCUUGGGCACUGGCGGCGACGGCAGCCAGGCCCACCGCGUGCGGCGACGAUUUACGGCCUGGGCCAGGGGUGGCAGGGGACCUGCAAUGUGCGUGCGUGAGUGCGGCCCCACCCUGAGCCCAGGAUGCGACGAGGACCGCGACGGCAAGGGUAUGGCCAGCGCCAGGGGUGGCAGGGGACCUGCAAAGUGCAGUCCUGUGUGCGGCCCCGCCCUGGGCACUGACAGCGGGUCUCUGGCAGCGGCGUCGCCUGAGGAGGACCAGCGGCAGCCGCAGCUGGCUUCUGGGGAGGCGUGUCCACGUGCAGCUACGGCUGGUGCCAGGGGUGGCAGGGGACCUGCAGUUUGCGGUCCUGAGUGCGGCCCCGCCCUGAGCACCAGCACCCACCCCGAGCGGCGACGGAUUACGGCCUGGGCCAGGGGUGGCAGGGGACCUGCAAUGUGCGUGCGUGAGUGCGGCCCCGCCCUGAGCCCAGGAAGCGACGCGGACCGCGACGGCAUGUGCAUGGCCAGCACCAGGGGUGGCAGGGGACCUGCAAGUGCCGACCGUGUGUGCGGCCCCGCCCUGAGUGCUGGCAGAGUUGCGGUGGCUCGGCCUGAGCCAGCGCAGCCGAGGCGCAGCGUCGCGCCCAGGCUUGAGCUGCAGGUCGCUGGAUGGGCGCGGUACUGGACCCAGGCUCCCGAGGUCGGCGAGACGAUGGAGUGCUACAGCGAGUGGCUCGACCACUGCGUCGGCUACGUCACGCAGAUCCUGUCCCAGCCGCGCUUCGCCACCAGGCUGCGGGCGCGUGGGAGGACGGCCGAGGAGAUGGCCGAGGAGAUCUGCGAGCGGGCCUGGGGGACUGGCAUGCCCGCGAGGCGGGCCUACUACAGGUGGCGCCACACGCUGACGCGGUCGCAGAGGAUCGUGUCGGACUGCAUGCGGCGCUACGACUACGUGCGCCUGCGGACGUGGCUGGCCGAGCUGCGGCGGGAAGGGCAGCCACCGCCCAUUGGCCCGCUCAGAGCGCCUUCGGAGGCGACGGAGAAGUGGUUGAGGGUCGGCCUCUCCUGGCACGGGCAGCCGCUGCGCGCUGCGCGGCGGUCUGGCCCCAGCGCGCCGCCCUUCGCGUCCGUCGACGUGAUCGGCAUCACUGGCCUCCCCUGA